AUGGGAGAAGAAGAUGAAGCUGAUGGCGUCAUGGGAGAAGAUGAAGCUGGUGGCGCCAUGGGAGAGGAUGAAGCUGGUGGCGCCAUGGGAGAAGAAGAUGAAGCCGAUGGCGUCAUGGAAGAAGAAGAAGCUGAUGUCGCCAUGGGAGAAAAAGGCGAAGCUGUACAAGCUGUCGGUACCUUGGGGAUUCUUUCAAUUGGAGUCUAA